AUGAAGGGCCUGAUCAUUCCAGCAGAAUUUGUUGCAAACUGGAACAACGCUAAGCCGUGCCAUUAUUGCAAGGGAAUAUGUGAAAAAAUGUACAAAAACACGGGAUUCGAGCCAAUGUGCCGGCCUUGCGCUGAAGAAAACGUCAAGGACAAUCCAGACUACCUGAAAGGAACUGACUUCGUAACUGACGCUCGAUUCAAAUGCUUGGCAAAAGCCUGCAAUGCUACAGGCCUCGUUUUUAAAGAGUUUGUCAUUGGCUCGUGCUGCUACAAAGCGUUUCUGAAAGCUACGGAAGAAUAUCCGACAACUAAAAUCGAAAAAGAUGUCUACAGAGUUCUUACUGUUGCGAAAGGCUUCUUCAACGCAUCAAUCGGUCGACAGCAAGACACUCUUGGGAAGAUGCUUCAGCAAAAAUGA